AUGUCUCAUGCGGUUAACCAAAGAUACUAUUCAUUGAGUAAACGUUAUUCAGGUAAUAUGUCUGCUGAUCUUACCUGGCAGAUUAUUCGUAAAAAUAGCUGUUUUCUUCGACGCCAAAAAGGGAUUAAGAAGCAUUUUUCUGUUGAACCAUUCAAUCUUCGAGGAAUCAAUAGUCCUCGGUUCAAUGGAUUAAUCAGCAAGAAAGCCAUGGACAUUGCGCCCGCAAAGGAUGGCAAAGGUGUCACGGUCUCGUUGAAAGUUCCAGGUAAGACGGGAAGACCUGCUAAGAGCGUCAAUACUGUCACUCUUCGCAACCGUGACAAGGUGUUAAAGUCUGUAAAGGCAAUCGCCAAAAGUCAGGGCCUUACGCCUUUCUACAAGGUACGUUUAUUUGUUCAUUGA